AUGCGAUGCGAGAGCAAGGCCGCCGAGAGCGCGUCCGCACAGAGACGUGCGGACGCCGAAGCAGAAACCACAGCAACUGAUGUCUCAUCGUUUGCUGAAGCGACCCAGCCUGUGUCACUUGGUGAUGCAGGCGCUGGUCAUGAAGACACUCGUGUCUUCACAGAGUACGAGCUCGGUGUCUCGUACUCUCCUGAUACGGAAGACGGAUCCGUAUAG